UUUACAAUUUUUUCCAAUGCACUUUUAAAUGUUCCCUCCGCUCCUCACGUUCCUCUUCUCUAAUCCACUUUUUUCUUCUGCACCUUUUCUUUUUCCAAAUGCUUCUUCAUUUUUUAGUCAAAUUAACUGCCCAACUGUCUCAAAACCUUUUCAUCUCGUGGAGUGAUCAAUCAUUGAAUAAUUGAAAAAAGAAGAAGAGAAAAAUAAGUUCAAAAAAAAAAAAGGAAAGAAAAUUGAUAAUAAUAAUCCAUAGAUCAAGAUAAAAUGUUCUUUUAAUAAAGUAUUCAAAAAAAUUUACUUAAUUUUUUUCUCUUCAUGAUGUUUUGAUGCCAUGAGAAGUCACAUAAUUAUGUCAAGCUUUUAACUCCUGGGAUGUCUGGAAAAAACCAGUCCCAUUUUCUUGUCUUCUUCCUGCAUUUAUUCUUUGGAUUCCUUUUUUUUUUGGUUAUGUAACAGAGUUAGCUUCAAUCUUACUUCUUUAUAUAUUUUACUAUAAAUAGGAUCUGAACCAUUAUUUAUAUUUUAUUGGUAAAGGGGUUCUUUGGUUGGUUGAUCUGGCAGCAUUUUCUUUGUGGGUCAGCUCAGUUUCUGCUGUAGUGUCAUUUGAGCAAGAAUCCAUAUUGUGUUGAAGAAUUUUUGACUAUCUGGGGUUCUUUUGAAUUUGACUUUUUUUCUUGAGAAAGAUUGGAUUUUGAUUAUCUGGGGUUCUUUUAACUUGAAAGAGAUUGGAUUUUUGUCUCAAUUUUGUGAUUUUUUUGAGGAAAAAGGCCAUUGUUUUAUGUGCGCUUUUUGGACAUGAGAGCAAUGUUUGUUUCUAGUGGAGAUGAAAAUAUGCCAUUGCCUUUGGAAAAUGGAAAGCCAUUGGAGAAUUCAUCUCCAAUAGGAUCAAAUCCAGAUUCCAAUGGUGAUGAGUCUUCCCAAGAGAUUCCUUCAACUUUCACAGAUGUCAAUGUGGUUGAAGAAGAUGAAAAGUUUCAGCUUGAGCAGAGGAUUUUGAAUUUGGAAGGUGAAAUUGUGAGUUUGAGGCAUAAAGAGAGAUCUUUGGAUGAAAAAAGAAGAGAAGCAUUGAAUAAGAUAAUAGACAUCAAAGGUUGCAUCCGGGUAUUUUCCCGAGUUAGACCAUUUUUACCAACAGAUAAACGGAGAAUUCAUCAACCGAUUUCAGUUGAAUCGGAGAAGAUUGUGGUAAGAUCUGGUGGAAGCAGGAAAGAAUUUGAAUUUGACAAGGUUUUCCGUCAGGAAUCAAUCCAAGAAAAUGUUUUUGCUGAGGUUGAGCCAAUUAUCAGAUCUGCACUUGAUGGGCACAAUGUGUGUAUGUUGGCUUAUGGACAAACUGGAACUGGCAAGACAUAUACGAUGGAGGGAACUACCGAGUCUCCAGGGAUCAUUCCUCGUGUUCUUCAGGAGCUUUUUCACCUUUCCUCUUUAGAUAGCUCAGCUUCAUUUACAUUUUCGAUUAGCAUGCUCGAAGUCUAUUUGGGCAGUAUAAGGGAUUUGCUUGCUCCAAGACCUUCCAGUCGGAGAUACACAGUAUCAAGAUGCAAUCUAAAUAUUCAAACAGAUUCAAAAGGAUCAGUUGAAAUCGAUGGUUUAACUGAGGUAGAAAUCUCUAAUUUUACGAAAGCAAAAUGGUGGUAUCAUAAGGGGAGGCGAGUUAGAUCCACAUCGUGGACGAAUGUAAAUGAAACAUCUAGCAGAUCGCAUUGCUUGACGAGGGUCAGUAUAUAUCGCCAUGGGGAUGCUUUGGGAGGUAAAGCAGAAGCAAGCAAACUGUGGAUGGUUGAUCUUGGAGGGAGCGAGCGCCUACUUAAAACGGGAGCUACUGGACAAACCCUUGACGAGGGGAGGGCGAUAAAUCUCUCUCUUUCUGCACUAGGUGAUGUUAUUGCAGCUCUUAGAAGGAAGAGAGGCCAUGUUCCUUAUAGGAAUAGCAAGUUGACUCAAGUUCUCAAGGAUUCUUUAGGUGAUAGAUCGAAGGUUUUGAUGGUAGUCCAUGUUAGCCCAUACGAAGAAGAUGUUGGAGAGACAACAUGCUCCUGUACCUUUGCAAAGAGAGCAAGAGCAGCGGAAUGCAACAGAGAACUCUCAGAAGAUACAAAGAAGCAAAGGGAAAAGAGGAUUGUUGAGCUUGUGGAGCAAAUGAAGGAAGCUGAAGAAGGAUGUACAGAACUCAGGAAACAAAUACAGAAGGCUGAUUUUUUAUUGAGCGAGAAUAAAAGGCUUUUCGUGAAGAAGUAUCAGCCACUUGAAGAUGAAGAAACCUUUCCUAUAACUCCAAAGGAAAAUGUCGCUGAAAUCACAGUAACUCCAAGAAAUUCUGAGAAAGGACUUAAAAUAAAUGGCACUAGCUCAGUGCCUCGAUUCAUGAGUUCCACGGUUGCCAGUCGAAUAAGGGAGACUACAGCUGAAAGGGAAAUCCAUAACAGACCAAAAAGUAUGAGAUCAUGGGCUAGGAGCUCUAUGCAAAUUUCUACUUCACAAUCAAACAGCUUUGAUCGUCGCUUCAAAGCUCAGCUACGAACUUCAAAUAAAAGAUCACGUUAUAGUGAGACUAAUACCGUAGCAGGGGAUAUUAAGUAUGGCGAUGAUUCAGAGAUUAAGCCAUCUGUGUUACAACAAACCAAAGUUAUCGCUCCCUCAGAUCCAAAGCCUAGAAGACCACUAGCUCACCACAGAAGAAGGAUGUCUGAUCUGCUCUAACUAUUACAAGAGCUGAUCAAAGGUGCUUUAGUUUUCUUCCCAUUUUGGUGUUUUUGACUUUUGUUUGGUGUUGCUGCUGCUGCUACUGCCAUUGUUUUUAUUUCUUCUUUCUGGCCUUGAGGUGUUAUAGGUGUGGUAUUUCUUGGAGUAGGAAAAAUCUUAGCACUUUGCAAAAAGAAUGGUUUCUUUGGACUUGGGUGUUUGCAUCAAAUACCAAUCUUCUUGAGACGGUGUGAAGAAAAUGCAUGAAAAAAAGAUUUUCAGUUCAUGUUGUAACCAUUACUGCAGUUCAGAAUGUACUAACGGAAACUGACUAUUUGAUGUUUGCUGCUGCUCCUCCAUAUAUUGCAUUAGUUUAGAUUUACCA